UCAUGCACUUCUCUUUCCCGUACAGCCGGUCUAGCAGUGGGAAAAACAACAACAACAACAACAACAACAGCAACAACAACAGGAGACGGCGGCGGGAUUCCAAUGGAGUUGAACGUCCGGUGCUGGAGCUGUGGGUGUGAACUUAGAUGGGUCUGUGUGAUAGGGCAGUGCCAUAGGCCUCAAAACGGUAAGGAUGGAGUAUUGAGAGCGAAGGAUGUUGAGCUGAGGAAUAGACAGGAUGGUAUUCACAGAUCAGGGGGUGAUAAUGACGAUACUGAUGAUGAUGAUGAUGAUGAUAAUAAUGAAGGUGCUAAUGAUCAUGAGGAUGAUAAUGGUGAUAUGAAUCGUUCGAAUCAGAUGACUGGGGAUGGCAAUGAAGAUGGUGAUAAUGAAACGUUGGAAUCGUUGGAAUCACCUCAAAACGGUGAUGGUGGUGGUGGUGAUGAUGGUGAUGAUGAUGAUGAUGAUGAUGAUGAUGAUGAUGAUGAUGAUGAUCAUCAUGAUGAUGGUGAUGAUGAUCAUCAUGAUGAGGAUGAUGAUGAGGAUGAUGAUGAUGGAGAUCAUGGUGAUAUGAACCUUUCGAAUCAGAAGACUGGGGUUGAAGAAAGGGAAGAUGAUAACGCAG